AGCGCGCGCCGGUGCUAAUUGGCCCGGGAGGCGGCCCCGCCCGCGACUGGCGGGCGGUCACGUGACGCGACGGCUGGGGGCUCCCGGCGCGGGGGACGCUGGUGGCCAAGAUGGCGGCGGAGCUGGUGGAGGCCAAAAACAUGGUGAUGAGUUUCCGAGUCUCCGACCUCCAGAUGCUGCUGGGAUUCGUGGGCCGGAGCAAGAGCGGGCUGAAGCAUGAGCUCGUCACUAGGGCCCUGCAGCUGGUGCAGUUCGACUGCAGCCCUGAGCUUUUCAAGAAGAUCAAAGAACUCUACGAGACGCGCUACGCCAAGAAGAGUGCGGAGCCAGGCCCGCAGCCCCACCGGCCCCUGGACCCCCUGACCAUGCACUCGGCCUAUGACCGGGCCGGCACAGUGCCCAGGACUCCCUUGUCGGGCCCCAACAUUGACUACCCCGUUCUCUAUGGGAAGUACUUAAACGGACUUGGACGUUUGCCCGCCAAGACCCUCAAGCCGGAAGUCCGCCUGGUGAAGCUGCCCUUCUUCAACAUGCUGGACGAGCUGCUGAAGCCGACUGAGUUAGUCCCACAGAAUAGCGAGAAGCUUCAGGAGAGCCCGUGCAUCUUCGCCUUGACGCCGAGGCAGGUGGAGCUGAUCCGGAACUCCAGAGAACUGCAGCCUGGAGUCAAAGCCGUACAGGUGGUCCUCAGAAUCUGUUACUCGGACACCAGCUGCCCUCAGGAGGACCAGUACCCGCCCAACAUCGCUGUGAAGGUCAACCACAGCUACUGCUCUGUCCCGGGCUACUAUCCUUCCAAUAAGCCUGGAGUGGAGCCCAAGAGGCCCUGCCGGCCCAUCAACCUCACCCACCUCAUGUACCUGUCCUCAGCCACCAACCGCAUCACCGUCACCUGGGGCAACUACGGCAAGAGCUACUCGGUGGCCCUGUACCUGGUGCGGCAGCUGACCUCGGCGGAGCUGCUGCAGAGGUUGAAAACCAUCGGGGUCAAGCACCCGGAGCUCUGCAAGGCCCUGGUCAAGGAGAAGCUGCGCCUGGAUCCUGACAGCGAGAUUGCCACCACCGGUGUGCGGGUAUCCCUCAUCUGCCCGCUGGUGAAGAUGCGGCUCUCGGUGCCCUGCCGGGCGGAGACCUGCGCACACCUGCAGUGCUUCGAUGCAGUCUUCUACCUGCAGAUGAAUGAGAAGAAGCCCACCUGGAUGUGCCCGGUGUGUGACAAGCCAGCCCCCUACGACCAGCUCAUCAUUGAUGGGCUCCUCUCGAAGAUCCUGAGCGAGUGUGAGGACGCGGACGAGAUCGAGUACCUGGUGGACGGCUCUUGGUGCCCCAUCCGUGCCGAGAAGGAGCGGAGCUGCAGCCCCCAGGGCCCCAUCCUGGUGCUCGGAACCUCAGACGCUACUGGGCUCCUGCCCACCCCUAGCGUCAAUGGUGGCGGCGGCGGCGGCGGCGGCGGCGGUGGCACCCUGGGCGGUGCAGGCAGCGGGGCGGCCUUGGUUGGCAGUGUGGAGAAUGGGAAGCCUGGAGCCGACGUGGUGGACCUCACGCUGGACAGCUCGUCAUCCUCAGAGGAGGAGGACGACGAUGAGGACGAGGACGAGGACGAGGAGGGACCCCGGCCCAAGCGCCGCUGCCCCUUCCAGAAGGGCCUGGUUCCGGCCUGCUGACCACCGACCACACGACACGCAACUUUCCUGGUGCUGACCACGCGGAGGGCGGGCGGCCGGGCGCAGCGGGAGCAGCAGUUUCUCUUUUCUUUCCAUGUUGGUUUGUUUUCUCCACCCUUCCCUGGCUCCUGGCUCCUGUACCUCUGGACUCUCCUCUCGGGGGAUUAAAAAAAAGUAAAAUGACAAAAAAAAAAAAAAAAAAAGUACAAAAACGAAAAAAAGAAAAAUGAAACAGACGAAAAGACGAACUCGUCACACGAGGCCCGCCGGGAGAGCAGGGCUGCGGGGGGAGGGACCAGGAACCUCCCGCGACCAUGCCAGCUGGGCCCGGCGACCACCGCGACCACGGACGUGCGUCUGUCCCCUUGCUUUGCUCUCUGCGACGCGUCCUCGCCUGGAGACCUCGCUGCGCCCUCAGCGAGCGCUGAGCUUAGAAGCCAUGGGCGGGGCGGGCGCCACAGAUGGGUUGUGAUUUGAAAGUGCAAUAACUUGGUAUUCCGAAGACCCGGCGCGUGGCCAGGACCUCCCCAGGGAGGCAGGGCCCCGGGUGCGGCACCGUGUGGCGUGGGGGGGUCCGUUUUCUAGCCAGCUACCUCGGUAACUCCAAUUCAGGUUAACUUCCCUACGGAACAGCACAGAUGUCCACCGCCAGCCCUGCCCACGGGGCCAUCGGGCAGGGAGGGCGUCGCGGCCGAGGGCGGCAGGUCUCUUGAUUUGGGUUGGUUCCUCUCCCUUCCCGCUCCUGGGUUUCCCGACAGGUCGGAGGCUCGCCCGGCCCCACCCUGGAGCCUGGCUCUUCCAGCAGGGGCCCCGGAGGCAGCCGGUGGUGCCCUCCCCGCCGCCCUCAGCUCCGAACAGAGCUCCCUGGUCAGGAGGCAGGACCCGGCGCGGGCUGGGCCGCAGGGCGAGGGCAGGUCCGUCCUGCUGUACGAACUCCUGCCGGCGGGCCCCCCACCCUGCCCGCCCGCAGCCAGGCCGCUGUUUUCUAAUAUUUGUAUUCUAACUUAAUUGUUUUUUAAAAAUGCAAAUAAAACGGUCAAGGUGAAGCCAC